AUGGAACUACUGAAGCCACCGGACCGACUAUGCCUGACAGGAAAUGUUCAGAAGAACUGGCAGCUUUUUAAACAAAAGUUCGAAUUGUUUCUACAAGCAACAGAGCCAGCUACACGACUGACAGAAGCUGCUAGAACAGCCAGGCUCCUGACUGCUGCUGGGGACGACGCUUUAGAAGUCUUCAAUAACUUUACAUUCGCAGAAGGCGAGAACAAGCAAGACUACCAGACUGUGGUAAAGAAAUUUGAAGAGUACUGUGCAGAGCAGCAAAACGAAGUCUACGAAAGAUAUGUCUUCAGGACAAGGACGCAAGAUGAAGCUGAACCAGUGGAACAUUUCAUAAGAGACCUGCGCAAGCAAGCAAGGUAUUGCAACUUCGGUCCGCUUGCUGACUCGAUGAUACGCGACCAAAUCGUAUUUGGCUCCUGGAACACUAAACUGAGGGAAAAGAUGCUACGCGAGAAGGACUUGACGCUCCAGAAGGCCGAACAAAUCUGCAAAGCAGCAGAGCUCGCGAACAAGCAAAACGAAGCAUGGCAAGGUAACGAAGCAAGAGUGGACGCCACCGAAAAACGUUACCUACAUCGCACCCAAGGCCGGAAAGCUCCUGUCCAGUGCUGCAAGUGCAAUCGAAGACAUGAGCCUAGGAAAUGUCCCGCCUUUGGCAAAAUAUGCCGCGCCUGCGCAGGCCGAAAUCAUUUUGCGGUUUGUUGCAGAAAGUAUGAGGUCGACGAAGUACAAGAGGAAAAGGAAGACUUUGCAAUCUUGGACGUCACCGUGUGCGGAAUCCAGAAAACAGAUUGGAUUGUUAAGGCCCAAGUUGGACAGCAAGAAGUUGCAUUCAAAGUAGACACUGGUUCCCAAGCCAAUUUAUUACCACUGUCAGUGUACAAAAGAUUCCGAACGAAUCCACCCCUCAGGGCAAGUAAUUCCGUUUUACGAUCCUAUAGCGGAAACGCUAUCAUGCACUACGGAGUGACAACUCAGGUGAUUACGAUCAACGAGCGUCGGUGCCUUGCAGAUUUCUUCGUUGUGAAGCGGGGCCAGAGUAUAUUAGGUCUCGAACUGGCUGAAUCUCUAGCACUUGUCUCCAGGGUGAUUGAUUUCGUAACCACUGAAGGGAUGACUCCAAUGACGCAACGGUCUCUCCCAACGACGCAGAAAUUCAGCCACCUCUUCGAAGGCACUGGGUGCGUGAAGCGGCAAUAUCGUAUGGUACUACAUGACGAUGCGGUUCCAGUGAUCCAUGCAGCGCGACGCGUUCCUUCGGCCUUACGGGAACCCCUACAGAAAGAGCUGGUGCGCAUGGAACAGGCGAACAUCAUCUGCAAGGUGGACGAACCAACUGAUUGGGUAAGCCCGCUUGUUAUUGUAAGAAAAAAAGACGGUAGCCUCAGGGUAUGCAUGGAUCCAAGAAGCGUAAACGCAUGCUUGAAACGCGAACACUACCAGAUGCCACAACGCGAAGACAUUGAGGCGGAGCUGUCUGGUGCGAAUUUCUUCAGUCGACUAGACGCUAACGCAGGGUUUCACCAAAUUCCCCUUGAUGAACCUACCUCAAAGAUAUGCACGUUCGCCACGCCGUUCGGGCGCUACCGAUUUCUUAGACUUCCAUUUGGCAUUGCAUCUGCCCCCGAAGUCUUCCAGAAAACACUGAGCGAGAUUUUUGACCAUUUACCCGGAGUUAGAGUAUACAUUGAUGACAUUCUCGUGUGGGGAGCAACCAAGCAAGAGCAUGACAGUCGCCUUCAAGCCGCUCUAUGCGCAGCCCAACGCGCAGGGCUAACAUUCAACAGGGCGAAGUGCCAGUUUGGAGUGCAGAAGAUAGUUUUCUUGGGCGAUGUUAUCAGCUCAGCAGGAAUUCGUCCAAAUGCAGCUCUUGUAGACUGUUUGAGCAAAAUGCCCGUACCAACUGAAAAACUUGCCGUACAACGUAUGCUUGGAGUAAUAAACUAUUUUGGAAAAUAUGUGCCAACUCUCGCUGAUAGAACGAAGCUUCUUCGAAGCCUGAUACGGAAGGACACCGUAUUUGACUGGACCGAAAAACACGCUCAGGAAUGGCACGCAGUCUGCGAAGCGCUGCGCACUGCCCCGCUCCUCGCUAUAUUCGACCCCGCGAAAGAGACAAAGAUAACGGCAGACGCAUCUAAGGAUGGCAUAGGGGCCGCACUGCUCCAGCGACACUCCAGUGGCUGGCGUCCUAUCGCCUACGCGUCACGAGCCAUGACCGACGUUGAAAAGCGUUAUUCUCAAAUAGAGAAAGAAGCGAUGGGUAUAGCAUACGGUUGCGAGAAGUUCCACCAGUUUGUGUACGGUAGGAAAAUUGUGAUCGACACCGAUCACAAACCGUUGCUAGCCAUUUCGUCCAAAGAUAUUGGGAACAUGCCCCCAAGACUUCAAAGAUUUUUUCUGCGCUUAUUAAUAUACGACUAUGUUCUACAGUUUGUUCCAGGCAAAGAAUUGGUCCUUGCUGACAUGCUCUCAAGGGCCACACCGUCAGAGCGUGAAGACACAGUGGAUUUUGGCGACAUUCAAGUACACGCAGUGGCCGUUUUGUCAUCUUUAGAUGGCCGGUCGCCGGCGGAACUUCUGCAGGGCAGGCCUCUACGCACUAGGAUCCCCGACUUCAACCUGCAGCCCAAGAGUCCUGUAAAAAAGCGCCAGCAGACGUCGUCUGGACGACGGCUGAGACCACUCCUACCGGGAGACGUGGUUCGCGUGAAAGGCCAGGCUUGGUCUCAAAAGGCUAAGGUAUUGGGAAAAGUAGCCCCGAGGUCCUACAACGUCGCAACAGGAGAGGGGAGAACGCUGCGGCGUAACCGCCAACAGCUGCUGGCAACCUCGGAGCCAUUUACGUACUCCAGCGACAGUGACACUGACGUCGGAGAUGAUGACGCAGAAGAGCCUCCACAUCAGAGCCCGCCUCGCGUGACUUCGCCGGCACCUAGAAGAUCCGCGCGCAUUAGGGAGGAACCAAGACGUUUAGCAUACGGCCCCAACUUUGCUCAAAUAGUUUAG